AUGUAUUCCUACUCAGAUAUUAAUGAUUACAUUCAUCAGUACAUGGAUCAAAAGUCUCAUCACACAACAGAUUCUAAAGGUACAAAAAAGUACUCCAUCAAUUUGACUUUUGUGUUAUCCACCUAUCGUGUGUUAGUAUCACUUGAUGGUGAUUAUCAACUUGACCUUAGAGGAACAGAAUUUGGAGACCUAAUUGGUUUUGAAAAGAAAUUUAUUAAUAAAACAGAGUAUGGAUCAAAACUACCAAAUAUCACAAAUUCGAUUGAUGUGUUAAAUAUCAACACAACCGCAAUAACAGAUAGCAUAGUAAAUGGAAUAAAUACAAAUACCAUUGCUGUGAUACCAACCGAUAAUCUAACAAGAUCUUAUCCAUUUACGUUUGAGCCUAAAAGACCAUUGUAUUGUCCUGUUUCUUCAUUUCACAUUGAUGAAAUGAGAAUAUAUGUCACAGACUCACUUGGAAGGCCUGUAAAUUUCAAUGGUAUAGAUUGGUUUAUGACUUUGAUACUCCACUCAAUGAGCUGAGGGAGGGGUGUUGAGGGGUGCCCGAAGGGCUUGUCCGUAGGUUCCCCUUAUUAUAUAACUAUUAUAAUAAAAAUGACGAGACAAUCAGAGUAUAAAAAGAGAUUUGACCCUGAAUUGUGUAGUUUUACAAAACAACAUAUUUAUGGCGAAGGAAUAACAGAUGUUUUUAAAUCGUUUGGAUCAAAAUUAUUUGGAAAGACAAUUAAAAAAGCCGCUAAAAAAGGCGUUGAAAAAGCAGUGACAGCAGCUGCAACAAAAACCGGUGAACAUGUUGGCAAAAAGGCCGGUGAUAAGAUAGUUAAAUUAUUAUCUAGGGAAGUUGCGCCUAGGAAAAUUGCUUCCCCCCCAGCAGGGGGGUUUAGGGGGGACGCAGUCCCCCCAUCUCAACAAGAGAUAGAUCAAAUGUUGAAUAACCUUCUUAGUGGGGGUUCAACACGUAAGAGAAAAUUCUACAAUUAUUAAAUUGGGUACCCCCCUAUAAGGGGAACCUACGGAUAAGCCCUUCGGGCACCCCUCAACACCCCUCCCUUUUUAGCAGCAGGGGGUGUUGAGGGGUGCCCGAAGGGCUUAUCCGUAGGUUCCCCUUAUAGGGGGGUUUUGGGGGCCCCCAUAAAAUUAUAUAAUUAUUAAAAUAAAAUGAAGUCUUUUAGAAAUCCAAAAUAUUUAGACAGAUAUGAGGAUGUUGUUUAUGACCUGGAACAGACUUUAGAUGCGGCUCCAGCAAAUGCCGCUCACCAAACUAAAACAGGUCUUAGAUUUGUAGCUGAUAACACAGGAGAAUCCACUCCUUUUGAUUGGUAUAACGCACGAUUAUCAAUGGAUUUUAAAGUAAAUAAGCUGGCAGAUGGAGGAAAUAUAGCAGUUGCUGACCAUAAUGGAAUUGUAAAUGGUAGUAACUCCUUUAUAGAAAAAUUAAGUAUCCUAGCAAAUGGACGAGAAGUUUAUAGUUGUAAUUAUGCGAAUCAUGUUGUAAAUAUCAAGAAUUUACUUGAGUAUAAUCCUUCAUAUGCACAGAGUGUUGCUACAAACGAAUUUUAUUUUCUUGAUACUUCAAGAGCGGCAGAGGAAAGACCUGCUCAAGGAACUUAUAAUAAAGGUUUUCAUAGUAGGAAAUUACUAUUAGGUGCAUCAGCCACAGUAAACUGUGAAAUUCCUCUUAAUAGAUAUUCUUUCUUUGAAGCAUUGGAAGAUAAACUACUUCCUAAUACAAAAAUCGAACUAAAUAUCGAGAUUGAAAAAGAUGCAAAUUUAAUUUUUAAAGCUGCUGAUGAUUGUAGAGUUAUUAUAACAAGACUACAACUUUUUAUUCCAAAACUUACGUUUAAUGACGAUGGAGUAAAGUUGUACAUGGAAAAUUAUCUUAAACCUUACAAAUGGACAUAUUUGAAUGAGGUGGUUGAAAGAUCAAAUAAUACACAGCAACAGACAGGUCAUUUUAGAAUUACAAAUGCUAUUUCAAAACCACGUCAUGUAUUUGUUUUUGGAAUUGAUACAGCAAGAAUUGAUUCACAAACAGCAAAUCCGUUUGUAUACGACACUUUUGAUCUGCCAAAUAAUGCUAAUAUAUCAAGAUGUUACCUGGAAGUUGCAAAUGGAAACGAAUACCCCGAUAUUCACUUUAAACCUUCUACAGAUAUGUCAAGAGUUUUUAGAAAUGUAAUGACAUACGUCUAUGCAAAUAAUGAUUAUCAAGGUGGAACAUUACUUAAUAGAAGUAAUUUCAAAAGUUUAUUUCCUUUUGUGUAUUUUGAUUUGACUAAACAGAAAAUGGAUAUAAAAGACGGUGUUACAAAAUUAGCAUUUCAUUACGAGUUGUCUGCUAAUCCAAACGCUGAUUAUAAUAUUUACGCGCUAGUCUUACAUGAAAGAGUAGCAGAAAUAUCACAACAAGAUGGAAAACUAUUGCUUCGUGCAUAAGGGAAUCCCUACCUUAGAUACACCGCAUAUGAUUACACAGAAUUUUCCACAAGUUGUUAUGAUUACACAGAAUUUUCCACAAGUUGUUAAAGUUACACAACAUUUUUACACAACAUUCUACACAAGCUUUUAAAGUUACACAACAUUUUACACAUCAUUUGAAUGGGGGGAUUGCACAAGCCCUUCGGGCGCCCCCCCAAAACCCCCCUGCUUCUAGAAGGUUCUAAUGACAAAGCAAUUUUUAAAAUUAGAUUUUGAAGAUAAAAUCUAAUUAUAUCAAACGGGGAAACCCCCUCCCUUCGUAGCGCCGCGUGAGGUUACACGUGAGGGAAAAAUACUCAAGCCCUUCGGGCACCCCCCCAUAACCCCCUUUCCUUGUCUACACCACGUAAAAUAAGAAUUUUAGUAUAAACAUUAAAAUAAAAUGUCUAAUUAUAUGGAAUACGGAGUAACACUUACAGAUGGACAGAAGUCAAAACUAGCUUCUGCGAUAUUAAAUCAGUCACCUUUGACUCUUCGGUUAAAACAUUCGCAUCUUAGAGGAAAUGAUGAGUUAAUGUUGACAAAAAGACAGAUUGCCAAAAUAAAUAAAUCUAUUGCAAAUGGCACAGGAUCUGAUAUAAAAAUAAGUAAAACUCAAAUUAGAAAAUCUGUAAAACACGGAGGAAACUUAUUUUCAUCACUUGCAUCUCUUGGAGCAAAAGUUCUUCCUUUAGCAAUAAAAGGAAUAAGUAAAGCUGUUCCCGCAUUAGCUACAGGAGCUGCCACUGCACUUGGUGAAAUUGGGCUAAAUAAAAUCUUCGGAAAGGGGGGACACUACGGUAUACCAAUUACACCAGAGUUUUUCCCAAUGCUACCGCCAAUUGUAAGAGAAUUUACCAAAUCACAAAUAAAUCAAAUUAACAAAGCUUAUCAAUCAGGUAGUGGAGUAGUUAUAAAACCAACUCGUAAACAGAUAGAAGGAGGAUUUUUAGGUACACUUGCUUCUAUAGGAAUUCCAUUAGCAGUUAGUUUAGUAUCUAAGAUGCUUGGAGGAGGACUUCAGGUUGAUAGACGUGGGUCAUCUAAUACAGCAAAUGUUUACGUUCCACCCACAGAUGGGGGAGGUUAUCCAUAUCGCUCACCACCGUUUAUUGGAACAUGGUCCAACCCUAUAGGAAUGGGAGUGGGGGGGAUGCUCCCCCCCAAAACCCCCCUGCGCAAUAAAAAAAAAAACUCCAAAGGCAAGGGUUUACUAUUAGGAAAAAACAGCCCAUUCAACUCAAUUCCCAUACUAGGCACCAUUUUAUAAUGGGGGAAGCCCCCAAAACCCCCCUGCCCCAUUUCAAGAUUAAACCUCUAUCCAACUUUGACCUCAUGGAAUGGAUAAAAAGACUUGGUAUAAAAAAUUUUAGAGGAAUAUACAGUCGUGAUGGAUUACCAAAAAAGAUUAAAAAAGAAUGUGGAAUAAUUAAUCUAGAUGAUAUAACAGGGCCUGGAACACAUUGGGUUUGUUAUAGAAAUGGGGGAAAACUACGUUUUCCCCCAAAACCCCCUUUCCUCUCAGCAUAUAAUGAAAACCCCCCUGCUGGUGGGGAAAGUGGUUUGUAUGAGUAUUUCGAUCCGUUUGGGCUGAUAAUGCCAAACGAAGUAUUAGACUAUUUUCACACGGGACCUGUAAAACCUAUUGUGUACUCAAUGGAUGAAAUACAAAAUCGCAGUACUGUUCUCUGUGGUUAUUGGUGUUUAUAUUAUUUAUUUGAGAGACAGCGGGGUAAUAGUAUUUUAAAUGUAAUACAUAACCCACAUUUUGAUGAUGAUAACAGCGAUUUUAUAAAGUCAUACUUUAAGGGGAACCUACGGUUCCCCUAACACCCCUCCCUUGGCUACGCUGCGUAAUGUAAAAAUAAUAUUUAACAAAUAUUAUUUUUUUCUAUCUCAGAAAAGAAUUUAGCUUCCAUUUAUUAUAUAAAUAGAUAAUGGGGGGACCUUGUCCCCCCAAAACCCCCCUGCUGCUACGCCGCGUGAGUUUACAGCUCUCUAUAAAAACGUAUUAUUUCUUACUACAUUUUUAAGCAUAUUUGAUUUCUCACUUAUUUCCAUAAGCAACUCAAAUACUUUUAUAAAUUUCGUAUCGUUUUCCAAUCUAGCAAAAUCAGCGUAUUCAUAACUCAUGUUUAAUCUAUCGUAUAUCUUUUGGAGUUCACUUUUGAGAAAAUUAGAUCUGGUAGUCAUAAUUUUUAUCUAAACGUUAUAUAAAAUGAAAGAAACUUAUUGUAUUGUAGAUAAAAGAGUAACUCCUUGUACAGAGCCAAGUGGUUACCAACAAGAUAAAAGAGGUAGAACUCAAUUCUUUUGUAGAUGCGCAGUUUGUGGAAAUAAAAAAGUAAAAUAUAUUAAAAUGGGGGGAGUGCCUCCCCCCAUAACCCCCCUGCAAACUGGAAGUGGAAAAAGAAAAACUAAAAAGAAGACAAAAAACUAAUUAGCCCGUCUGAAGGGGCGGGCGUCUUUGAUACAGUUGUUGGUACAGCAGUUGAUGGAUUUGUACAUUACGGGCUUCCUUGGAUGGGUAAAAAAGCAGUUGAAAUGGGGCGAUAUGGAGCAAGUGAGUUAAUGAGAAACAAAAAUCUUCAGAAGAAAGCUGUAAAUUAUGGAAUUAAUAAACUCACUCCAUUUAUUCAAGAUUCUGUUGGAACAGCCAUGGAUGAACUAUCAACAAAAGUGAGGCCAAAUAAAAAGUAUAAAACUGACAGACCAGAAUUAGACCGAAGGAUUGGAAAAGGAAUUGAUGUUCACAAGCAAAUUGGUAAAUUGCCAAAACCAAAAGGUGGAUGGACAUUGCCAGGGCAUAAAUAUACAGGCCCUUAUAAUGAUCUUGAGAACCAAGUAAGAUAUGAUCCGGAAACCGGAGAAAUAUUAGAAAUUUAUGAUCAACCAACUGGGCCAACCGAUGCUGUUGCCAUGCAGCAUGAUGUUGAUUAUAGUGUUUGUGGGGAUAACCGAAAGUGUAAAAAUAAGGCAGACAGAAAGAUGGUAAAAUCCUUAGAUGCUAUUCCUUGGAAAGAAAGACAAUGGGGACAUACUUUAGCUAGAACAAUAAUUAAUACUAAACAAAAACUUGGACUUGGUUUAAACGCGAGUCGGCGUUGA